UCGUGCUCUAGCACAAAUUUCAGUGACACGUUCCAAUGAUAGAGCAAGCGUCUCACGCAUUGGUAGCCAGGGCGUCAGUCGGAAGGUCACCGGUGAUGGGGGACCGCCGGUGGCGUUGUAUCGCCGCGGUCCUAGUCUGCAUGGAUGCCAUCGUCUCCGAGGUCGUUGCACUCGGAGCUGCUGGAUCCAACGCAACCACCGUCUUGUGGAACUUGGGAACGGGCAAGAGCAUCAGGAGAAGGGACACAGCGGUCGUCUUUGAGGACAUAGAUGGCGAAAGGCACCAGAGCAAACCUCCUGUGGACUGGCCUCUGCUGAUCGGAAUAGUUAUUACUAUUCUGCUCUUACUCCUGCUAUGUGUGUUGAUCUUCCGACUGCCCACAUCGAAGCCGAAAUACAGGCGGCUCCAACCCGUUCGUGAUUGCAGAAAUCCAUCUCAGACGUACACUUACAUCGACCUUUCCAAUAAGGACUACGGCUACCCGAGGAUUGAAGGCUGCACACAUAAUUCGUUACACUCCUGGCAGCAUCACUGUAGCAACCCGCGCUUGGUUUCCAAAUUCCAGAAUGAAAGACUUGUCGAUUCCAACACCGUCGACGUCCCAGCUCCAGCAACGAGCAGUGCUCGGGGAGACACCAGUGCACGUGUGACACAAGUAGCAGCCACUAACGCGAACAAACAAGCAGGUCACAGACGUCUCACUGACCCAUACCAUCCCUAUUUUGAUCGAUCUGGGCGCCAGAUAUAUAGAAUUUCUUCGAGAGAGACAAUCGAUUCUCCAACAGGUGAAGAGCCAUCUUACAAACGGUUGAAGCAAGUAGACGUUCCCGAAAAGAUGGACGCCAUCUUCAUUAGUUCAUCUCGAGAAACGCUUUUACACGCUACUUCCGCUUCCGGCGUCACUAUAUGCCACCGACAGGUAAUAGCUGAAGCCACAACACACCGUCCUCAGAGCUCAACUGCGCUCGCUUCUGGAACGUGUAACACUCUCGGCACAUCAACGUCUCAUGGUUCAUCUUCAGUGACGCCUGAGGCCGAGACUACGCCAACACAGCUGAGAGUGCUUCAACCUGAACCAUCGCCCCAACAGCUGGCUCGCGAUGUUCCCUUGUCUACUCUACGUCCACCAAGCUUGAUCAUGAUUCCUCCAUAUGACCCGAUUUCGACGUAUUCAACAUACUCGUCGAGCCAACCUUCCGCGCAAGGAUCAGCAUCAGAAGAGACAUCCAUCCAGAUGUCUAGCGAACAAGCUUCUACGCCGGUCGAGACUGGGCAGACUCCAACGCCGAUCGCGACUAAAGAACUCAGUGGGAAAGCACGGGUUAGGCGAGAAAUUCCAAGAGCGUACUCUGGUGCCGCAACCCCGAAGAGCGAUGCUCCAUCAGGAGGAAAAAUGACGAUGACUCCAUUGCUAGAACAGGUGCGGCACACAAAUGGCAGCUCACUAUUUGCGACGAGUGAAGGAAUUCCGACUGAAAAGAGUCCACUCCCAGGGAUACAGACACCUCCUUCUAGGAAAGACAGCCGUGGCGAGUACAUUGUCUGCAAAGGUGAAAUUACGGAGAAAACUGGUCAUGAUAGAAAGCAAUCGGGUGAAGAGGUACCGCAGCAACGUAAAGAUGAGAACAACCAGAGUAGUUUAUUGCUUCAGUCCCGUUCGCCCACUGCACCAGCAGUCUUACCUGAAGAGCCAAGGAGCAGUUGGUCUACACCAACGGCACAGAUGAAUGUUGAAAGGAUUCACGGGCAUAUCGAUGACUCAUCUAAGUUUCCGUGCAGACGACCACCACCACAAUACAAAGCUCCGCCUACCGCUCUGAAGGAAUGGGAACCGCAAUCGCUCGACGUCAGGCAGUCGGGUUCAAGGGAACUGUCAGUACCCGUUACGGAGAGAGUGGCUUACUUCGAUCGCAAGCAAACUGCUACGAAGCAAGCUGCACCUGAUAUUUCAACCAGUGGCUCUCUCCGAAAGCCAGACUCUUUUUCUGACAGAGAAUUGCUAUCACCAGUGAAGGCUUCUCACCUUAAAACAGAAAAAUGGGAAGACGAGAGUCCUCCUGGAAGUACCUCGGAAAAACCGACAGUGGAAUUCAUUACACCAAGAAGGAUCACAAACGAAAGACUCGUCUUACCUAUACCACCCUUUGGUGCAACAAAAGGGACGCCAAAGAGCCCUUUGAGACCGUUAGACCUCACCAAUGGAAUAUCAUUUGAAAGGAAAGCUGACAACCGUGGCUCCACCGAACCGUUCAGCCUGGAUGACACAACACUAGCAAAAGCACCACCACCUAAUGCCGAGACAUCCAUCUCUGCAUCCACAACCGAAGAAGUUUCCACUCAACAACGUGACACAGAGGCAGAUAACAAGCAGCUGACGCCACCCCGCACAUCUCCUCGGAGCAGGGCAAGUUCUCUUAGUACUUUGGACCCUGGGCUCAAUUACCUAUCGUUCCAAGAGCGGCUUAGUAUUGAAUUUUUUCCGCCAACCACUCCGAUAGCAGCAAAGCGGACGAGCGUUCCGGACACGAAGGGAGAUCAAGCCAAUGCGCACGACAAGCAACCUGUCGAAACAGCCAUCCAACAACACUCUGAUAUAAAGAGAAAGCUGGUAGAACUGCAACAUGUGAACGUUACACCACGUCUACAGUUGGGGGAAGUGGCGCCGAGAGAGACUGCUGAUUCAAUGGAACUUCGCGAAUCAUACGAGGUAGUUGAAUACCCGUCACCGCGUCAAAAGUCAUUGGAGGUUUACCCACACGUCGCGAUAAACGCUCUAGAUGACACUUCUCUGCGCGAACUGUCUGCUCCAAGAGCCAUCGAAGAGGUGUCCCAACAUACGCGACAAAUAAUGGACAUGUCUAGUGAAGCCUUGCAACAGUUGGAAUCAUCUGCAGCACCUACCAAUUUACAAAGCAGAGAUAGACGAACGAGUAUAUUGGGCGCGUCAUCGACCAAACUGUCCUCAAUUCCAACACAACCCGUUAUAUCCGAGGAACCGCAGAGCUCAGAGAUACGCCAGAAGCCGUCCAAUGCUGCAUUGUCCGACGAUUUCGUGAGACAAGAUGAGCCAGUCCCCCAUGGGCGAAACCGCAGCGGCGACUACUCGCAUGAACAUCAGUUUAUAUUGCCCUAUAUGGAGUCGCUGGAGCUUUUGCUAGAAGACGAAGACACUGCAAUAGUACUGAGGGAGCCGCUCCACAUCGCUGAAUCCCCUAUUCAAACGCUGCUAUCCCAAACACGCUCCACCGCUCCUCUAGAGAAGGACGACAGCGUCAGUACUUUGAACGAAAUAGAAAUCGCUGAGCAACAAAUUCUACCCAGAACAGAGGGUCUAGAAGCACCUUUUCCUGUGCGAAAAGACAGCUUGUCUGAGAGAGCUCUCGUUCCUGUUACAGAACAACUUAUUCUACCAACAGAGAGGGAACUACUAUAUCCUGCGCUAGACACUCUUCAGCAAGCAAAAUUAGUACAGGAAAGACCCGAAUCUAAUUUCAACUUGACCAGUGAAACAGAUGUUAAUCAAACUGAAGGGGAACAAAUUCAAGUGAAGUCAGCCAGCUCACCUGGGGAUGACCAUGCUGACGUACCUCGGGCUCAUGAACUUGCAGUACUGGAGGAAAAUGUUAGAGAGGGAAGUACUGUGCCAUCACUACCAGCACAACUAGAAGGAUUACUCUCAGAUGUUGCUAUGAGGAUAACAGAGAACAAAGGGGUCCCAAGAGAAAUUGCGGUUUCCGAAUCUAUCAACCAGCUCGUCAAAUCGAUACGCGAGAUUACUGCUCGCAGGGACUCAAUCUCAGCACAGAAAGAAGUGAAGCUAGAAUCCUCUGCGACUAGAGCAUCAAGUUCAGAUGUCAGAUCAGAGCAUCAGAUUUCUUCUGCCCUCAAAAAUUCGGACAAAACUGAGGAGGAACGUCCAAGUAUUCAAGAGGAGGAACGUCCAGCUCUAACUUUGUUGUACCGUCCGAGCAUCGAGUACUUACCUCCCGUUUCCAUUGAUGGUUCAACCUCCAGUGAUGGGGCCAAGGAGAUAAGAAACGAGAUGCAAAAUACCACCAGCACCUGGUCUCAAAUGAACCUGCCUAAAGUCCUUGUUAGCCAAUACCACAGUCCUCGCCUGAUGUCACGUUCUGGCGUUGCUACGCCACGCUCACCAGCAAGGAUUGAUCACACGAGGGUAGCCGCCUUCGAAAUCCCAGAUACUUCUAUAGUUCCCGUUGAUCCGCAAGAGAGAAGCACUAUGCGACAAGUCGCCUUGCCUAACGAGAACGAUGGCGUUGUCGCCUCGACAGCAGAUGGAAUGCCAGUCACAAGUGAGUAUAUGUCCCCAAACAAGGGUGGGAACGACAUCCGUCAGGUUGUAGUAGAGUCCUCAACCGAAUCAGCUUCGGGCAGCAUCAAAGAGUAUCCAUCAGGCGUCCCGGGCUCCUCUGGUGGUACCAAUCAAGUGCACCAGGCACAGUCCUCUGGAGCAGCUCUGGGGGAGAGCAUGAUCCCUACAACAAAGCAGGAGGUUCGACCGCCUACCGGUGAUGUGUAGUCAGGUGGACACCCCACCAUGAUAUCUUCACCUGCAGUCCAGUCCUCGUGCGCUUCGGCGGAGCCUUCUGCGGGUGGAACUGUUAUGAAUAUGAAUGACGAAUCAGAUCAAGUUAAAAUUGCUUAUUGAUACAAAUACAAUUUAAUGACAGUCUU